AUGGCUGACAUCAGUGGUGGUGACUCCGAGAAGGGCAAGAAACUGUUCGUCCAGAGAUGCUCCCAGUGCCACACAGUAGAAGCUGGAGGCAAACACAAGACGGGCCCUAACCUCCACGGUCUGUUUGGUCGUAAGACAGGCCAGUCACCUGGAUUUGCAUAUACUGAAGCGAACAAAAGCAAAGGAAUUGUUUGGAGUAGAAGCACACUGUUUGAAUACCUGGAGAAUCCAAAGAAAUACAUUCCUGGAACCAAGAUGGUCUUUGCUGGACUCAAAAAACAGAAUGAGCGACUAGACCUUAUAGCUUACUUAGAAGAGGCUACUAAAUAG